UUCUGAAUCACCCCUCCUCCUUCGUCAAACCCACGCGAUCCUUUGAAUUCUCUAUGUAUGUAUUUUGAGCUUGUAAUUUCCACCCUAAGUUCCUAUAAUUGGGUUUAAUUAUCGAGAUUGAUUCAUUUUGUUGGAAACUUUAUCAACAAUUUCCCACUAAACGUGUCGCCGAUCGGUACCCCAUCGCCACUGUCGCUGUUUCUGCAAACCGCCGUUACCGUUUUUGUCAAAUCUGUUGAAAAGAUUGGGGGUUAGGGUUUCAAUUUCGGUUAUAUAUUUGAAUUAUCAUUGUUAACAAGAACUUUAUUUUGUUGUUUUUGGUUAUAUCAUUGUUAUGGAUUUUACUCAAUCUCCGCCGAGUAAUAGUCUCUCGUUAGGGUUUUUAUCGCAUUCAUCGGUGGUAACUGCACCGAAUGGCAGUAAGAAUGAUAGGAGCUCGAAAAUCGUUGACGACUCGAUUUCCUUCCAAAUCGAGUCGAGGAUUCAAGACAUGGCGCAUCCGGUGCCUUCUAUUCCACUCCAAUUGAUGGACCAGCAAACAGAGGAUCAUCAUAACUGCAAAGAAGAGAAUUUGAAUGAAGAGAAAAAAGAGAGUGAGAAAGUUGAUGAGGAAAGAGAUGAGGAGGAGUUUCGGUUUUGGGGGCACUCGAUGUGUUUGAAGAGGAAGCGGGACUGUGAUUCAGUGUCCUCGACAUCAGCCUAUCCUGUAAAGAGUCUUAAGGCUUCUUCAAACGAGCUUGAAUUGCGUAGGAAUGCUGUCAGGGCAUGGGGGAACCAGAGCUUGCGAGUCGCCGAUUUGGAUGUUUUUGAAAUAAUGGAGAAGGAGAAGCUGAGGCAAUAUAAAGGAAUUGAAUUAAUUGCAUCAGAAAACUUUGUUUGUAAAGCAGUAAUGGAGGCUUUGGGGAGCCAUUUAACUAAUAAAUAUUCUGAAGGGAUGCCUAGGUCGCGAUAUUAUGGUGGAAAUCAAUAUAUUGAUGAGAUUGAGAUACUCUGUGGUGAGCGUGCAUUGGCUGCUUUUGGGCUUGAUUCUGAGAGUUGGGGUGUGAAUGUGCAGGCAUAUUCGUGUACAUCUGCAAAUUUUGCGGUUUACACUGGGUUAUUAUUGCCUGGUGACCGGAUAAUGGGGUUGGAUACGCCGUCUGGUGGGAACACUAGUCACGGCUGUUAUUUGCCAAAUGGGAGAAAGGUGUCAGGGGCAUCAAUUUUCUUUGAGAGUCUUUCUUAUAAGGUGAAUCCUCAGUCAGGUUAUAUUGAUUACGAUAAGCUGGAGGAGAGGGCGGUUGAUUUUCAUCCCAAGAUAUUAAUAUGUGGUGGGAGUUCAUAUCCUCGGGAGUGGGAUUAUGCUAGGUUUAGACAGAUUGCUGAUAAAUGCGGAGCUGUUUUGUUGUGUGACAUGGCUCAGAUUAGUGGUCUUGUUGCUGCUAAGGAAUGCAUAAGUCCAUUUGAAUUCUGUGAUAUUGUUACUUCAACCAGCCACAAAAGUCUUCGAGGUCCAAGGGGAGGCAUUAUUUUUUACAGGAAGGGCCCAAAGCCAAGGAAGCGAUGCAUGCUUUUGAAUCAAGGUGAGGGCAGUGAUAGAUAUGAUUUUGAAGAAAAGAUAAACUUCGCAGUUUUCCCAGCACUUCAAGGUGGGCCACACAACAACCACAUUGCAGCUCUAGCAAUAGCAUUGAAACAAGUGGCGACUCCUGAGUACAAGGCGUAUAUGCAGCAGGUCAAGAAAAAUGCUCAGGCCUUAGCAUCUGCUUUAUUAAGAAGAAAUUGUAGACUUGUCACUGGAGGCACUGACAAUCAUUUGUUGCUUUGGGAUCUUAGAAAUCUUGGACUGACAGGUAAAAACUUCGAGAAGGUCUGCGAGUUGUGUCAUAUUACUCUCAAUAAGGUCACUAUCUUUGAUGAUAAUGGCAAUUUAACGCCCGGCGGUGUAAGGAUUGGUACUCCUGCAAUGACAUCUAGAGGUUCUCUGGAGGCUGAUUUUGAGACGAUUGCUGACUUUCUUCUCAGAGCAGUACAGAUUGCAAGUUCAGUGCAGAGAGAACAUGGGAAAGUGCCGAAACCUUUUCUCAAGGGACUCGAGAGCAGCAAAGAAAUUGUUGAGCUGAGAACAAGAGUUGAAAGUUUCGCAUCCCAGUUUGCAAUGCCAGGAUUUGAUAUCUAAUUUUUUCUACUAAUGUGAAUGGAAGAAUAAUUUCCUUUGUCGAAGGCUGAUUGACCUCUGCCUUACAUGGGGAUAAUAUAUCGCAUUCAACUCGUAUUUGAGCAUUUGUGAUGUUCUAGGCAGUCACUGCUCAAAGUUUGAUAAAAUCCUGAUGUAUGCUCCAUUAGAUUGCUAUUCAUGGUGAAGUGCAUGUGAUCGGCGGUGCGCCUAAUUUUUCCCUAGCAUCGUCUUAUCCAUGCAAUAAAUUAGGUGGCUGAUCUCUGCUACACCUCUUAUAUCGAGUAAUUUAUGGUGAUCUUAGUAAUUGUAUAGGAAAUUUGUUACUUUGUGCAUCCAAUACUCUAAUGUUGGUCAAUAAUUUUAGAUAUUAGGUCUUACAUUGUUGUGAAAUUGCCAGGAUAAAUAUGAUAUAUUAUCUCUCUUGAGUUUUUGAAA